GGUCAUAAGAAGUCGUAAGAGUGGAAGGCUUUUUGAGUUCGGGCGAAAGGCUUUCCAGAUGAAUGUUGGCUUGUGAAGAUUCACUGCCCUUCCUCACUCAUCCUCCAUGAUGUUUAUUUGAUCCCACGACCUCGGUAAUGAAUUUCCACGGCUUUCGAGAACCAGGGAACAUCCACGCGAAUGGGACUUGCCUUUCGCGAACCAAUGUCCAUGCUGUCAGAUCCUCGCGUGUAAAAAAUCAGUCAAUCAAGAAAAAUAUUCUUGAUGGCUUAUUGAUGAUUCUAGAAGGACCAGUCCCUAGCCAGCAAGGUUCCACCUAGGACAAGAAGGCAGUCAACCUUCGGGUAGACAGACAUUUUUCAACCUCGUCAACAACAUCCCUUCUUGGUUCACAUUUCCGGACGGUGGAUUCAACUCCCCCACCUGACUCCCAAGAAACUAUCGUCCAAGACGAAGUGAUUACUUUGUUGAGCAAAUUCAAAAUCUGCAUGCUCUCAAACUCGACGCUAUCCCAACCGAUGGUCAAAAAAACUCUCACCUCAACCCACGGGCAACAAAACAAUCCGCGAACCAACCAAUCAUAUCCUCCAUCUCAUCCAAAUCUCACACUGUUUCAGCUCUACACAAGCCAUCCCUUCUCACCAUAUCCCGACUUUCGUUGAAAUGCCCUCCACUUUCUCCAGGCAACAACAAUUGUACCCUGCAGGCAACUUAGUGUAGUAAAGAGGUGGUGGGGUUUAAGCCGCAGACGCCUCCCUCCGCUAUUCUCCCGGCAGGCGUUCCCGUUUAUCUCGGGGCUUUUCAAGCCUUCAAGCCACAGCACAAGGCAGCAACAAAUGUACCCUGUCGAAAUGUCACAAUUUCAACAGUCGAAGUGUUGCAUCCUUGUUCGGCUAACCGCAUACAGCAUCUGAUACACAUAAAACUUACCUAUAUCGGCACGCUCUGUGGCAUUUGCUCCGAAUUUUGACGCCUUCACCGCCUGUCACGUUAUUUUUCUUACCAGUGGGAUAUUGGAAGGGGAAAUUGCUAGAUGGCAGUCCUAAGAUUUGAGUGAGUGUAUAGGCUAAUUGGGUAUCCUGCUCGUCUGUUACCUGGGCUUAUCGGCCUAUGGAAAGAGCUCGUUAAAUCUAAGGGACAUGGCACAGAAGUGGUUGGGGGUAGAAGUUGGGUAAGGACUGGCCACUCUGGUGAGGUGAGGACAGGGUGUGGCGCCUGUGAAGGGAACGCCAAGCGGAAAGAAUGACCUGCGGGCGUUGCGGGGUAGCAGUGCGAAAGCUCUAGCAUGCUUCUUCCCUGCUUGUGGGCCAAUCGAAUAAGUCAAUAAUCGAUUGACUUUGAUCUCUCGCUCGACCACCACCCUCAAUAAUGACAGCGACAACGGCGAUAACUGCAGCAGCGAAGUGAGGGCCACCACCUUCGGUCGCUCCGAAGCAACAUCUGAUGCAUUCUUCGGCCUUGUCGGCUACUCACUAUUUCGGGCCUGUUUCAUACCCUUCUCCUUUCCAUUGGUUUAACAUGACCGGGACUUAGGGACGGACAGCUGUACAUUCAGUAACAUACUGGCUGGAUCCCGAAAGAUGGUGGUCUGUAUCUCUUGGCAAGUAUCGUAUCCUGGCUUGGAGACGAGCUAGACGAGCUAAAAAGAUUGGCUUUUGCUUGAAAAGCGAACAAGGAAUCUUGGUGAGCUUAAUUGCUAGUGGCUGGAUGAAAUGGACGACAGGGCUCCGGGCUGCAUUUGCUUGUGCAUUGCAAAAUACCCAGAUGGAAAGUCAUGCUUUGAGGGAAGGGAAAGCAGAUCCUGAUCGACAAUCUACGAUACAUCUAUGGAAAUGGGCGUUCGUGCGGGCUGUUGUGCGACAGCAGGAGAGAUGCAACUAUUGGCCGUGGGCAAGUUGGUAUAUUGUGCGAGGUGAGAAAUGGUAGGUAGGUCGAUAAAAGUCCGUGCCUCACCUGCAGAUGCGGGCUGCGAGGUAACACACCAUACAACCCUCGAUGUUCGACAUGGACCACUGUCCUCCACCUAUGGUCGUGAUGGCGGCGGUGGUGAUGAUGAUGAUGCGAGCAUUAUGGUUGCAUUGGAAGCAAGCAAGGGACAAGGGUAGCUUUCGAUUUUUCCUGGGGUUCCAACCGAACUCCACAGUCUGCGCGAGAACACGGGCACGCUCGAGCUCAACCCCUCCACUCCAUGUCUGCCCAUGGAGGUAAAGUGCAUGUAGAAUUGUCAUGACCCCAGACAUCGCAGAUAAGUAUAAAGCUAAGAUCAACCCCAGUUCCGGCGCAAGAACAAACCACCCAUAACCACCCUCUCAUCUUCCCUUUUCUUGGGGACCUCCCCUUCUUUCUCUCUGUCAGGACUCGUUCUUCAAAUAUACCCCUCUCAGCUGAAUCUCACUAUCCUCAAAUAUGGCCGACUCUGGUGCGCCAGAUAUCGACAAUGCUCCCAAGGCAGCUCCAGCCACUGAGCCACUCGAAGUACCCCACAACGAGAAGCGCAAACAAUCCAUCUUCCUUGAUGCCGAACGCCGCAAAGAAAAGCUAGCCGCCAUCGCAGAGAACACCACCGGAGAAAUCAAGAACCCCCUCGUCGGCAUCCCCAAAGACCAAUUGAUCCGCGACGUCGAAGACUUCGCCGCCGAGUUCGACCUCGCAGACAUCACACCCUACCUGAUCAAAGGCGCACUCGUCGCCCAAAACCCCGCCCGCAUCGACACCAUCCACGAGCUCGACGAUGAGGAUCGCCGCGUCCUGACUGAGGAGGUCACGCGAAAGUGGAAGCACCCUCGUAUCCUCUACCUCACCAUCGUACUCAACUCCAUCGCGGCUUGUGUCCAGGGUUGGGAUCAGACGGGAUCCAAUGGCGCGAAUCUCACGUUUGCGAUCCAAAUGGGCAUCUCGGAUAAUCCGCUCUACUGCGAUAGUGCGUCUGAGUGUAGCAGGAAUUCGUGGCUUGUGGGUUUCGUCAAUUCUUCGCCUUAUAUUGCUAUCUGUCUGUUUGCUGCUUGGAUCUCUGACCCUGUUAAUCACUUCCUUGGACGUCGUGGUACCAUCUUCCUGGCUGCUAUAUUUAGUGUCCUUGCUCCACUCGGAUCUGGAUUGACGCAGAAAUGGGGACAACUGGUCGCGUGUCGUGUCCUUCUUGGAAUUGGCAUGGGAUUAAAGGAAGUUACGGUUCCAGUUUACUCUGCGGAGAUUGCUCCAACGAGCAUUCGUGGUGGUCUGGUUAUGAGUUGGCAAGUUUGGACUGCAUUCGGUAUCUUCUUGGGUACUUGUGCCAAUUUGGUAUUCGUCAACACAGGCUCAAUCGCAUGGCGACUCCAACUUGCGUCAGCAUUUGUCCCCGCAAUUCCCCUCGUCCUCGGAAUCUGGUUCUGCCCCGAAUCUCCCCGUUGGCUCCUGAAGAAACGCAAGAUUCCACAAGCCUACAAAGCACUUCUCCGUCUCCGCAACAGCCCUCUCCAGGCUGCCAGAGAUUUGUACUUCAUCCACGCACAACUCGUUUAUGAGGAUGCCCUGCUCGAGGAGAGUGGUCUGUCGAAGAACGGAAAUAUGUUCACUCGCUUCAUUGAACUGUUCACCAUUCCACGUCUUCGCAGAGCUACUCAGGCUUCGGGUAUUGUCAUGAUUGCACAACAGAUGUGCGGAAUCAAUAUUAUCGCAUUCUACUCGUCCACCAUUUUUGAGCAGUCUGGUGCUAAUAAUAUCACUGCACUGCUUGCAUCAUUCGGAUUUGGUUUGGUCAACUUCGUAUUUGCUUGGCCGGCUAUUUGGACAAUCGACACCUUCGGUCGCCGCGGUCUCCUCCUCUUCACAUUUCCCAACAUGUGCUGGUCCCUCCUAGCAGCAGGAAUGUCCUACUACAUAUCCCCCUCCAGCCGCGCCCACCUCGGCCUCGUAACCUUCUUCAUCUACGUCUACGACGCCUUCUACUCCCCCGGCGAAGGCCCCGUCCCCUUCACCUACUCUGCCGAAGUCUUCCCCCUCUCCCACCGCGAGAUCGGCAUGUCUUGGGCCGUAGCAACCAACAACUUCUGGGCCACAGUCGUAUCCCUCACCUUCCCCCGCCAGCUCAAAGCCUUCGGCGUGCAGGGCGCGUUCGGCUUCUACGCUGGCAUGAACGUCAUCGCCCUGGUGCUCAUCUUCCUCUUCUUGCCGGAGACGAAACAGCGUACUCUUGAGGAGCUGGAUUACGUGUUUGGUGUUACGACGCGCGCGCACGCCAAGUAUCAGCUUACCAAGGCGCUGCCGUGGUGGUUUAAGAGAUAUGUGCUUUGGAGGAAGGAUGCGACUUGUGAGGAGCUGUAUCAUUUUGAGCAGGGGGAGUGGACGGAGAGUGAUAGGGAGUCGGGGAAGGUUGUUGAUAAGGAGGGGGAGGCGGUUAGUUCGGGGGUUGAGAGGGGGCAUAAGGAGGUUGUUUGAGGGUGCGUUAUUUAGGGUUGAGACUUUGUGGAUGUUGAGAAGUGGAAAUUUGAGUGGUGGGUGAGGAAGAAGGAGAAUGAAAAUUCGUUCGUAGUUACAACUUCGUGUUUGGCACCCCCUUUUGGUUAGAUGAUUGAUUGCCCGCAACGACAAAUAUAAUCUGAUCAAACUUACAC